AUGGUGCGGUUUUUGUUCUUUCAGGUUGGCGCAGUGUUGGCGCUAGUCGCAGGCAGCAAUGCUAAGAAACUUCGUCGUGGAACACGGGCCCCCGAUGUUAACGGCGAACCGUUCACGGACGCUGGCAUAGUUACGGACGCUACAAAAAUCACUCAACUCAUUAUAGCCGGCGACAAGUUGAUCGAAGGCAUCGGCUUCGUAGCUGAUAUUUCGGGAAAGGGACUGAUCACUCUGAUGGCGGCGAGACACAAAAAGAAAGGUCUGCGUGUUUUUGCCUUGUACUUUGUUACCAACCAAAACAACAAUUACACGUUUGGAAAGCGUACCAAAGAACAUACGCUGUACAAUGCGCCUGAGAAGGGUGUCAGACUCACUGGCAUUGAUGGUACAGCGGGGAAUGAGAUCGACGAGUUGGGUCUGAUCUGGGGAAAACCUACUAAGUAA